GGACGAUCGCGGUGAUUACGAGUAAGGAAUAAAUGUCGUACUUAUAGCGAGCGCUUCCCCACGGUGUGCAGACACUGCUCUUGCAACUUUCGCGACCGACAUGUUGCUGACACAGUCAUUAUUGAUCCCACUCUUUGGCGGAGCUGCGGCUGCGGCGAAUCUGUACACGGCGCACUACUCCGGGACUAUAAGUCACCUCUCUUUCAACAAUAACUCGUUGACACUGGUGAGCGCGGAAAAGACAGGGCAGACACUGCCCAGCUGGAUCACCUACGACGCCGCAGGCAAGAAGCUGUACAUCCCCGAUGAGAACUUCGUGGACCCAACGAGCAAUGGAGUCCUGGUCUCGUACUCCGUCGACGCUAAUGGCGCACUGACCAAAACUGGAAACACAACUACUCCUCGGGGUGGAGUCGCAACAGUCCUGUACGGUGGAAAAGAUGGCAAGGGUUUCAUCGCCAAUGCACACUAUCACACCGCGCAGGUGUCGACGUACAAAUUACCUCUGAAAGAUGGCAAGCCGCUCCAGCUGUUGAACUACACGCUGGAUGGUCCUGGCGCGGAUCCAGAUCGUCAGGAGGCGCCACACCCGCAUCAAGUUCUUGUCGAUCCAACGGGCAACUUCUUGCUCGUCACCGAUCUUGGUUCUGACAAGAUACACAUCAACAAGAUCGACAAGAAGUCUGGCAAGCUGACCAAGUGCCCUUCUACAACAACAUUCUACGGCGCUGGUCCUCGCCAUGCAGCUUUCUGGACACCUGCGUGCUCUAAGUCAAGUCUCGCACAGGGCAAGGGCACUGUCCUUUACGUCGCCAACGAGCUCUCGAAUACCGUGACUGGAUGGAGUGUGUCGUACCCUCACGAAGGUUGCCUGAAACUGACUCAGAAGCAAAUCAUCACUCCGUAUAAGGGCAACAGCUCUGCACCUGAAGGAGCAAGCCUUGGAGAGAUCCGAGUCCAAGGCAACUUUCUAUACACUUCGAACCGAGGCGACCAGUCUUUCCAGCCCUAUGAUUCUCUUACUCAAUACACCAUCGCAGCCAACGGUUCGAUUGCCUGGACAGACCUGACCUCCUCCUACGGCCUACUUCCGCGUAGCUUCGAGAUCAAUAAGGCUGGAGACUAUGUUGCGAUUGGUGAUCAGAAUUCGGAUAAUGUGGCCAUUGUGAAGCGCGACACUACCACUGGAAAGCUGGGAGCUCUUGCUGGGAACUUGACUGUCACCGGCCCAUCAGAUCCCAACUCUGGCAAUCCAGUGGGUCUGAACACGGUCAUCUGGGCGGAGUAGUAGCUCUUGUCAGAGAGGCGUGCGUGAUGGUUAGAUGAGCUUAGAUAAAAAUCAGAUGUAAUAAAUUUUGGGAAGUCUGGUACGAUCGCGACUAACAUAAAGAG